AUAGCCACUAAAUAAAAAUAUCGUAACCAACAUUUCAACGCUCAAAAAUGGCGUCCCUUUUCCCCCAUUCUCAGUCACUCUUCUUCCCCAACGUCAAACCCAGUCGGGUCUCCAUUCCUUUUCACAUUCAUUCAUCCAUCCGCCUCAACUCUUCCACUGAUACAAAUAGUAAUUCUGUUUCCACGUCUAACGAAAACUCAAGUCAGUUCAAGGAAAUAAGGAACGUCGCUUGUGGAAUUCUUGCUGUUUUGGCACUCACUACCACCACACCAGUAAUCGCUGCCAAUCAGAGGCUGCCUCCUUUGUCUACAGACCCUGAACGAUGUCAACGUGCAUUUGUUGGCAACACAAUAGGUCAAGCUAAUGGUGUAUAUGACAAGGCAAUCGAUCUUCGUUUUUGCGACUACACAAAUGAGAAGACAAACCUGAAGGGAAAAUCUCUUGCAGCAGCACUUAUGUCUGGUGCAGUAUUUGAUGGUGCAGAUAUGUCUGAGGUUAUAAUGUCCAAGGCUUAUGCUGUUGGAGCUAGCUUUAAGGGUACAGAUUUUACAAACGCAGUUCUUGAUAGAGUCAACUUUGGGAAGGCCGACCUUACAGGAGCUUCGUUUAAAAACACUGUACUAUCCGGUUCCACAUUUGAAGAAGCUAAACUGCAAGAUGUAGUGUUUGAGGACACGAUUAUUGGGUACAUCGACCUUCAAAAGCUAUGUGUAAAUCAAUCUAUUAAUCAAGAUUCAAGAGCCGAAUUGGGAUGUCGAAAUUAGAAGAUUUCAUAUAAUGGUCUUUAUCCCUGGUGUAAAAUCUUGUAUCUUCAAAUUGAGGGAGUAAAAUUUUGUUGUAUAUUUUGGUUGGAGAUAUACAUAUAGAACUCUUUUGUAUCAAA